UAAAAUAACAUCACUCGCGUCUGCUUUCUUAGUUGGUCAAAUGUUUAGAACAUGUGCUUCAUAUACUUUUUUGCAAAUAUAUCGCAAUCAAGAGUUCUAUUAACAUUCCAGGGAUUACAAAUGGACGAUUCCGACGAAGAAAGAACUAAAGCUCAAGUACAUCAAAAUCAGCCUUACGACGAGUCCCUUGACGUCCCAGACGAGGAAGAGAUAGCAAGUGUAUACUCACCAACACCUCGCGUUACACAAACAGGAGCUCGCCUGGGCGUACCAGGUAGAGGGAGGCCUCAAGGUCCUGGGCGUAGUCGGGGAUCGACUCCACCAGACCCAAGGAUGUCAGACCAGUCGGAUGAUGAUUUCGGUGACAAGAUAAAUCCACCGGAUCAAGAGUAUGUGAAUCAAAUGCGCAUGCAACAUGAACAAAAUUUUAACAAUCCCCCAGACGACGACGACGAUGAUGAUGAUGAAGAUGAUGACGAAGACGACGAUGAGGACGAUGAUGAAAAUAUCGGCAGGAUGCAACCCCAACAGAUGCAGAUGGGAAGACCGAUGGACUCCAAGAUGGCAGCUGGGGAUGGACAGAGAAUUGGCGAACAACAGGGGCAGUUUAAUUCUGAAGAUGACGAUGAUGACGAGUCUGGUUCUGAUGAUGAUGACGACGAUGAUGAUGACGACGAUGAUGAUGAAGAUCAUGUAGCUUUGGAAGGGGCAUAUGAUCCAGCAGACUAUGAGAAUCUUCCGGUAUCCCCUGAAAUCAAGGAAUUGUUCCAGUACAUCACAAGGUAUACUCCACAGUCAAUUGAACUGGAACACAAAUUGAAACCUUUCAUCCCAGACUUUAUACCAGCAGUGGGUGAUAUUGAUGCCUUUAUAAAGAUAAACCGACCAGAUCAGAAGCCAAGCACACUGGGUUUGACCGUAUUGGAUGAGCCGUGUGCCAAGCAGUCUGAUCCAGUUGUCCUUGACCUACAGCUUAGAGCGAUCUCAAAACAAACAACAGACAAAAAAUUGAUUGUGAAAAGUUUAUCAGAGGCGGAGAAAAAUCCCAAACAGAUUGACAGCUGGAUAGAGAGUAUCCGAGAACUACACAGAGUUAAACCUCCACCAAAUGUCCACUAUCUCAAAAAUAUGCCUGACAUUGAUACACUUAUGCAGGAAUGGCCUCCAGAGUUUGAAGAAAUGUUGAAAGAGGUUGGUUUACCUACUGCAGAACUGGACUGUGAUCUUGGAGAAUAUGUUGAGCUUAUUUGUGCUAUAUUAGACAUUCCAAUAUACAAGAAUACAAACCACCAUAAUGAGAAGGUUCAAGCUUUACAUGUAUUGUUUACACUGUAUUCUGAGUUCAAAAAUUCACAGCAUUUUAAAGCUCUGGCAGAAGAUAAUAAACUGGACAAUGCUUUAAAAACAGACUACCACGAGGACCAGGGGCCGGAUAGAUUUGUUCUCUGAUGACAUUAUAUAUAUUGUGAAUCUCUGUGUUUGUUGGACAGUAUGAAUGAACCCAAAAAAAUAAUGUUUUUUUGUCACGUGACUGCGGAAAAAAAAAACCACUGGCAAACAAUUUGGAAAUAAAGAGAGCUUGCAUAAAUUUGCUUGUAAACAAAAUAAACAUGUACUUGUACUAUCCAAGUUGAGAAAAUUCUUCUUUAAAAUUGUAAAAGGACGUUUAUUUUUUAAUUGAGAAAUGGUUAAUGAUGUAUUUAAUAUAUUGUUUAUGAUGUAUCGGUAUAUGUAAAUAUUAAAUAUUUAUUGCAAAACUUACUACAUAUCAGGCGUUUUUCUUUUAAGUAAAUGUUUUCCUGUAUUUUUAAUUAAGGAUAUAACAAACUUUGAUUUUGUUUCAAAAAAUUGUUACUACAAAACUCAACAUUGUGAAAAUCAGCUUAUUGCAAAAUAUGUAUCUUGGCAUUGAAAAAUGAAAAUAAAAUUUGAUUUAUAUAAA